AGCGGGAGCGGGCCGAGAUGGGAAGUCCCACACAAGGCUACGCACACCCACAUCCACCCACGCACCCCUCCCCGGCUUGGGCUCGCAGGAGAACCUGGAACAGGACCCGGGCCUCGUCCCCCGCACCCUAACCGCUCCCCCCCACUCCCCGCAGGCAGGCCAAAGCGGAGCCCGAGCCGGAGGCCGGGAGCUUUUAGCCUUGCUUAGUUCACAGGUGCUCCGGCCCAGUCGAUGGCAGCCCCCGUGGAUCACGGCGUCCAGAUCCGCUUCAUCACGGAGUCGGAGGCGGCGGCGGGGAGCGGGGGGCGGCGGGGCCCCCGGCGGGGCCCAGUGAAGGACUCGCGGGACAGCUCCUACGGCGUGGCCGUGCGCGUGCAGGGCAUCGCCGGCCAGCCCUUCGUCGUCCUCAACAGCGGCCAGGGUGGCGGGGACUCCUUCGGGGUGCAAAUCAAGGGGGCCCGGGCCCCCGCCAGCGCCCCAGGCUCCGAUUCCGAGCUCCCGGAGAACCCCUACGGGCCGUGCCCGGGCCCCCAGCGCCCAGACGAGGGGCAGCGGGGCCCGGGCCCGGCCCAGGCCCAGGCCGCGGCCCAGGCCCAGGCCACCCCCGCCACCGUGGACACAGCCCCGCUGUCCUCCGUGGAUUCGCUCAUCACCAAGUUUGACCGGCGCGGGGGCCCCAGCCGGAGCCGGGCCCGGGGCCGGCGGUCCCGGCCCCUGGCCCCGGAGGAGCGCAAGAGGAGCCAGAGCCUGGACGGCCGCUCGUCCCGCGAACCGCCCCGCCAGUGGGAGCCGGAGCCCGGCAGCCCCGCGCCGCCCGACUCCCAGCUGACCCACAGCACGGGCAGCCUGGGCCGCCGCCACCCCCCCCACGACCCCCUGACCCAUGACCCCCUGAGCCCAGCCCACCGCUCCCGCCAGACCCGGGACUGGGUGGAGCGGAGCUUCGACGGGCCCCGGGAGCCGGCCUCGCCGCGGGCCAGACCCCCCGGCUCCCCGCCGGCCGCGGGGGCCUCGCGUCCGCCCCUGCGGGACCCCCUGCGUCUCUCCCCGGCCCUCCCCGCUCAGCUCAAGUCGACCCCCGACCUCCUGCGGGAUCAGCGGGAGUCCGCCCCGUCCCCGGGCGGCCUCGACCACAUCAGGGCAGCCCUCUAUGACCUCCUCCGGGAAGGGAGCUCUGAGAGCGACUCUUCGGUCAGCAAGAAAGUCAGCCUGGUGCUGGAGCACGUGCAGGCGGCAGCGGCGCCCCCGGCCCGAGACGAGCUGGCGGCGGCGGCGGCGAGACUGGAGGAGCUGCAACAGAAGCUGGACGAGGAGGUGAAGAAGCGGCAGAAGCUAGAGGGGCCGCGGGAGCCACCGCGGCCUGGCCUGGAGCUGCAGCUGGAGGACAAGGUGCAGGAGUGCGCCCAUCUGCAGGAGCAGCUGGAGAAGACCGAGGCCGACCUGAGACGCGGCACCCAGGAGCUCCAGGACCUGCAGCUCCGCCAGGACCAGGCCGAGCGGCUGCGACGCGAGGCGGAGGAGCGUCUCGGGGAGCUGCGGGACGAGCUGGCCUACGUCCGCGGCCAGGCCAGCCCCGCCGGAGGCAGAGAGGCCCAGAGGAAGGAGCUGCUGGAGACGCGGGAGGAGCUGGAGGAGGCCCUGUCCGGGAAGCAGAGGCUGGAGGAGCAGCUGCGCCAGCGGGAGCGGGAGCUGACGGCCCUGAAGGGAGCCCUCAAGGAAGAGGUGGCAUCCAGGGAUCAGGAGGUGGAACGCGUGCGCCAACAGUGCCAGCUCGACACCGACCAGCUGCGCCGCAACUUGCAGGACGCCUCCCAGGAACGGGCGACCUUGGAGGCCGAGCGGCAGAAGGUGUCCAUGCUGGUGCGCGAGCUCCAGCGCGAGCUGGAGGAGAGCGCCGAGGAGAACGGACACUGGCAGGGCCUCUUCCAGAAGAACAAGGAGGAGCUGAAGGCCGCCAAGCAGGAGCUGCUACAGUUGAGGCUGGAGAAGGAAGAGCUGGAGGAGGAGAUGCGAGAGCGGCUGCAGGCGGCGCAGAGGGAGGCCGACCAGCUCCGCGCCGGCGCCCAGGACGCCUGGCAGGCCGAGGCGCUCAGAAAGGCGCGGGCCGAGGCGGAGGCGACGGCCAGCCAGCGGCAGGCGGCCGUGGAGGCGACGCUGCGGGAGACGCAGGAGGAGAACGACGACUUCCGCCGCCGAAUCCUGGGCCUCGAGCAGCAGCUCAAGGAGGCCCGGGGCCUCGCCGACGGCGGGGAGGCCCUGGAGGCCCGGCUCAGGGACAGAGUCCAGCGGCUCGAGGCAGAGCGGCAGCGGCUGCAGGAGGAGCUGCAGGAGGCGCAGGAGGCGGAGGCGGCGCUUUCGGGGGCGAAGCGGACCCUGGAGGGCCGCCUGGAGGAGGCGCAGCGGGGGCAGGCGCGGCUGGGACAGGAGCAGCAGGCCCUGCACCGGGCGCUGCAGGACGAGGGACGCCAGCGCGAGGCCCUGAGCCGCGCCAACGCCCAGCUGGAGGAGCAGAAGCGCCUGCUCGACCGCACCGUCGACAGGCUCAACAAGGAGCUGUCCCGGCUUGGGGAGGAGUCCGAACAGGCGCUGGAGCAGCUGCAGGCGCAGCUGGAGGCCUACAAGGACAAGGCCAGGCGCGAGGUGGCCGAGGCCCGCAGGGAGGCCAAGGAGCGGGCCAGCCAGGCCGAGAGCGCCGCCGGGGGCCUGGGCCAGCUGCAGGACGAGAGCCAGCGGCUGAGGCAGAGCCUUCAGGCCGUGCAGGCGGAGCGGGAGUCUCUGCUUCUGGACAAGGAGCUACUGAACCAGCAGCUGAAGGGGCUGGAGCAGGAUGCGGAGGCCAGGCGCCGGACCCAGGACGACAGGGCCCGCCAGCUCAAGGCUCUCGAGGACAAGGUGUCCCGCCUGGAAGCGGAACUGGAUGAGGAGAGGAACACCGUGGAGCUGCUGACGGACCGUGUUAGCCGCAGCCGGGAUCAGGUGGACCAGCUGAGGGCCGAGCUGCUACAGGAGCGGAGCAACCGCCAGGACCUGGAGUGCGACAAGAUCUCCAUGGAGCGACAGAACAAGGACCUGAAGAGCCGCCUGGCCAACUCAGAGGGCCUGCAGAAGCCCAGCGCCGGCCUCUCCCAGCUGGAGGCCCAGAUCCAGCAGCUGCAGGAGCGGCUGCAGACCGAGGAGAGGGAGAAGCUGGCCUUGCAGUCGUCCACGCGGAAGCUGGAACGGCGGGUCAAGGAGCUGACCAUCCAGAUCGAGGAUGAGCGGCAGCAUGUCCAUGACCAGAAGGACCAGCUGAGCCUGCGGGUGAAGGCGUUGAAGCGGCAGGUGGACGAGGCGGAGGAGGAGAUCGAGCGCCUGGACGGCCUGAGGAAGAAGGCGCAGCGGGAGGUGGAGGAGCAGCACGAGGUCAACGAGCAGCUGCAGGCCCGGAUCAAGACCUUGGAGAAGGAAGCCUGGCGAAAGUCGGCCCUGGCGACGACCGAAUCCUCCCUCCAACGGGACCUGCUGAGCUCGGACGAGGAGUUCGACAACUACGACCCGUCGUCGUCCAUCACUUCCCUGCUGACCGAGAGCAACCUCCAGACCAGCUCCUGUUAGCCGGCGGACCCCUCCUCCGGCCUGGAGGGGCCCGGGCCCGGGCAGCACCGCAGCCCCCAUCACCCCACACCCCAGUGGGCUGGGGGGGAUGAACCCCCCUGGGCCUGCCCAUCUCUGGGAUCUCUGGGAGUCAGAGGCCACGGGUUCGAAUCCCGCCUCCCCCACAAGCCUGCCGUCUGACCUGGGCCAA